GUCGUUACUUCUUCCGGUAAGUUUUGCUCUGCAGUGGAGUGGCGGGCAGCAGUAUGAAGGAUUUGAGGCGAGUAUUAUGGACAGGCGAUACUAAAUAAUACCAAGUUCCAUCCAGGUCCACAGACUGAGGAGAUGAAAAGCAUUUAUUAACAAAGCAGCUUGAACCCCAGUCAGACGUCCCCCUGCAGGGCUGUGGCCAACUGCAUCAUGGACCAGAAACCUCCCCAGCUAAGUGUGGCAGAUGUGAAGGAGGAAGCACAGGACAUCGUCAUAUCGGAUGUGGACGGGGCCGGGCACAGCAGCCCUGACGAGGCCAAAUGGAGCGCUGCUGGUGUGGGGCCCAGCUGCCUUCUGCACUCACAGAAAGCAGAGAGUACAGUGUGUCCCAUCCUUAAUGGGGAGGUGAAAGAAGAAACAGUGUUUCAGGACGUGACUGAGGAGCUGCUGGCUGGGAGUGUCAGACCUCCAAACCCAGUCCAAGCUCUUGUGCCAGAGAGGGGAAUGAAGAAGUUCCCCUUUUUUUACUCUCUGCCGUCCUACACAUCAGAGCCAUACCGUCACAUCGUGACACUGCCAUAUACGUCACAGACUUAUGUCCACAGACACCUCAAGAAAUCCCACCGUCAGAAGUUUCACCUCAGUAUGACACCGAAAGUUCACUGCUGCUCCCAUUGUGGGAAGAACUUCCGUCGAUCAGAAACCCUAAAGACACACCAACGGAUUCACACAGGAGAGAGGCCCUACCACUGCUCCCAGUGUGAGAAGAGCUUUAAUACAUUAGGAACCCUAAAGAACCACCGGCGGGUUCACACAGGGGAGAGGCCCUACCAGUGUGCCCACUGUAAGAAGAGCUUCAAGCAAUUAUCAUCCCUAAAGACCCACGAGCGGAUUCAUACAGGGGAGAGGCCCUACCAGUGUGCCCACUGUAAGAAGAGCUUCAANAAGAGCUUCAAGCAAUUAUCAUCCCUAAAGACCCACGAGCGGAUUCAUACAGGGGAGAGGCCCUACCAGUGUGCCCACUGUAAGAAGAGCUUCAAACAAUCAUCAUCCCUAAAGAUCCACAAGCGGACUCACACAGGAGAGAGGCCCUUCCCGUGCUCCCAGUGUGGGAAAAGCUUCAUUCAUGCAGGAGCCCUACAGAAGCACCAGCGGAUUCACACAGGGGAGAGGCCCUACCAGUGCUCCCAGUGUGGGAAAACCUUCAUUCAUGCAGGAGACCUAAAGAAGCACGAGUGGAUUCACACAGGGGAGAGGCCCUACCAAUGUUCCGAGUGUGGGAAGAGCUUCAGUCAUUUAGGAUACCUAAAGAAACAUCAGAUGACUCACACAGGGGAGAGGCCCUACCAGUGCUCCCAGUGUGGGAAGAGCUUCAGCCAGUCAAGCAGCCUAAGGGCACACCAGCGAACUCACACAGGAGAAAGGCCUUAUCACUGUUCUCAUUGUGCAAAGACUUUUAUUCAAUUAAGAGAUCUUAAGACACACCAACAAGCUCACAUUGGGGAAUGGCGUUUAGUUCUGCUUGGCAGCGGAGGAAUAGGGAGGAAUAAGAGCUGUAGAAGCGGGGGAAGACAGGAGAGGGGGUGUCGCCGAGCCACUGAAAGUCCCCCUUCCUUCCUUCCUUCCUUCCUUCCCCGUUACGCGCAGCCCCACCUGACGUCCCCCUGCAGGGCUGUGGCCAGCUGCAGCAUGGACCAGAAACCUCCCCAGCUAAGUGUGGCAGAUGUGAAGGAGGAAGCGCAGGACGUCCUCAUAUCGGAUGUGGACGGGGCCGGGCACAGCAGCCCUGACGAGGUGAAAUGGAGCGCUGCUGGUGUGGGGCCCAGCUGCCUUCUGCACUCACAGAAAGCAGAGAGUACAGUGUGUCCUGUCCUUAUUGGGGAGGUGAAAGAAGAAACAGUGUUUCAGGACGUGACUGAGGAGAAGCUGGCUGGGAGUGUCAGACCUCCAAACCCAGACCAAGCUCUCAUACCAGGGCGGAGAGUGAACAAGUUCCCCUGUCCUCACUGUCCCUCAUCCUACACGUUGGAGACUUACCUUCACAGGCACAUCAAGAAAUCCCACCCUGAGAAGUUUGACCCCAGUGUGAUACUGAAAGCUCAUUGGUGCUCCCAUUGUGGGAAAAGAUUUAGUCAUGCAGGAGAUCUGAAGAAGCAUCAACAAAUUCACACAGGCGAGAAGCCCUACCAGUGCUCAGAGUGUGCAAAGAGUUUUAGCCAAUUAAGUGACUUAAAGACACAUCAACGAACUCACACAGGAGAAAAGCCAUAUCACUGCUCACAAUGUGGUAAGAGUUUCAGUCAGUCAGGUAACCUAAAGGCACAUCAGCGAACUCACACAGGAGAGAAGCCCUACAAGUGCUCCCAGUGUGAAAAGAGUUUCAAUCAUUUAGGAGCCCUAAACAAGCACCAGCAAAUUCACACAGGCAAAAAGCCCUACCAGUGCUCCCAGUGUGGGAACAGCUUCAGUCAACUAGGACACUUACGAACACACCAGAGGAUUCACACGGGGGAGAGGCCCUACCAGUGUUCCGACUGUGGGAAGAGCUUCAGUCAAUUAGGAGCCCUAAAGAUCCACCAGUGGAUUCAUACAGGGGAGAGGCCCUACCAGUGCUCCCAGUGUGGGAAGACCUUCAAUCAUUUAGGAGCCCUAAAGAAACACCAGCGGAUUCACACAGGGGUGAGGCCCUAUCAGUGCUCAGAGUGUGCAAAGAGUUUUAGCCAAUUAAGUGACUUAAAAACACAUCAACGAACUCACACAGGAGAAAAGCCUUAUCACUGCUCACAAUGUGGUAAGAGUUUUAGUCAGUCAAGCAACCUGAAGGCACACCAGCGAACUCACAAAAGAGAGAGGCCCUACCAGUGCUCCCAGUGCGAGAAGAGCUUCAAUCAUUUAGGAGCCUUAAACAAGCACCAGCACAUUCACACUGGCCAGAAGCCCUACCACUGCUCCCAGUGUGGGAACAGCUUCAGUCAGUUAGGACACCUACAGAUGCACCAGCGGAUUCACACAGGGGAGAGACCCCAUCAGUGCUCACAUUGUGGCAAAAAUUUCACUCAGUCAGGUGACUUAAAAAGGCAUAUGCUAACUCAUGGUAUAGAGAAGCCAUAUCAUUGUUCACAGUGUGGGAUGAGCUUCAUUUGGUUCAAAGACCUAAAAACACAUCAACAAGGUCACGCAGUAGGAAAACCCUACCUCUGCUCCUAGUGAAAACUGUGUGAGAAAAAGAUGCACCAGCAGUAUCUCAGAUGUGAAAAGCCCUGCCAGUGCUCCCACUGUGGGAAGAACCUCUGUCAAUCACAAGUACAGGGGAAGCAGUGAUGGUAUCAGUAAUGGACAGUUUGCUUUAUAGACAUUUCUGUGGUGAGCUCCCUGGGUACACUUACAGUGUGGAUACAGCUGCCGUGGUCCAUGCUGCUCCUUAUGACCCAGGUAGGGGUACUGAGAAGGGACUCGACCACAGUUUGACAGCGCCUACAGGGCAGGUACCGCAUGCAGGCAGAGAGAAGCUGCCGGAAGGGACCCUAAUGCUGACACAUGAUGAAAUGCUGCUGUAGCAGAGGCUGGUUCAGGCUGCUGGAAGCCCCUCUCUGAAUCAGGGGGGUUUGCAGGCUGGAUGGGUUAUGCUCAGAGUCCUGCUGGGGUAUCUGAAUGGGACCAGGAGUAGUCAUGUUUAUUAUUGGUCAAACUGGGCAUUGAUGGUAAAGCCCUGGUAAUAUCAAUAAUAUACAUGUGAGGCCUUAACUACUGCCCCCCCCCUACAGUCCUCCAGGAAUACCUGAUCCCUGGGUGGGAAUCACACUCAGGCUGUCCAUGUGCUUCAUGUCCUGUUAUAGGCUGAUGUAGUUUAUCCCUUCAUGAUCUCAUGCAGUUUGUUUCCAGUUUUGGUUAAUAUCUGGUUUUAAGUUGAAUUGCAUUCUGACAGACAAUCUAACAGUCUACAGCACGGGUGUCAAAUUCCAGUCCUGGGGGGCCAGAGCCCUGCAUAUUUUUGGGUUUCCCCUAAUUUAACUCACCUGAUUCAACUCAUGCUAAUUACCACGUCACUCUUGAGCUUAAUCAUUUGUGGUGGAACAGGGAAAGAACUAAGUUACACAGGGCUCCGGCACUCCAGGACUGGGAUUUGACACCCCUGGUCUACAGUAAUGGGAAAGGUAAUUACAAAUGCAUCAUCCACUUCCCAUACAGUAGCGCUCGGUAAAUUAUAAAUACAGUGGAAAUCACUUGGAGUGAUCACGGUUAUACUGAUCAUCCACUUAUAUGGAUCAAAAAGCUUAGCAUAGAAUCAUUCCUGUACAAAUACUGUUUAAAUAAUUUGCUUAUAGUAAUCCAGUAGUCCGCUCAGUGUUGAUUUUGGGUCUUUUUAAACAAGACAACAUGUGGAUAAAAUUAAAACUGCAGUAUUUUUUUUUUUACUUUGAUAGCCCUACUUUGCCUUGUGGUAACCCGUCUGCUUCUGGCUAGCUGCCUGAGGCUAAUGCGUGCACAGAAAACAUGAGAGGAAAAAAAAGUCAUUUUCUCUCAAAUAUAUAUUUAUCAAACCACCAAAAAUGAGCCACCGGGAUGCAGCAGCGAAACUACAAAAAAAGUUCUUUGAGACAACGUAACAUUGUGAAAAUACAUUGUAUGAAUAAAAUUGAAUAUUUGAAUUAUACACAGUUCAGUUCAAUUUGUAUAAUACUGUAAUUUGAAAAAGCAUUUAAAAUAGUAUAUUUUGAAAAUUUUAAAAUCAAGUAAAUAGCGAUGCUAUUCGUUUUGUUACCUUAUAUUCAUGUAACAAAUAUGUGUCCGCCUGUCCCCCCUAAAUCUAUGUCUAUGCUAAUGAUAACCCGUUUAUAGUGAUCAGUUUCACCCAGACAGACGUGAUCACUAUAAGCGAUUUCCACUUUAUAUUGAUGAAUGAAUAAAAUGUACAUCCAAAUGG